UUUUGGACCACAAUGAUGUGUGUGUUAGGCUUCCCCGAUGUGCACAAGUUGAUGCAACGACUUUGUCUAAUUGAUGACAGAUAGCAGCACAAUGUUGUUUCGUUUCUAUGAGAACCCACACACUCUGGUGAGAGACAAUGAAACUGAAAACCCAGAUACCUUCAAAAUGGAGGCAAUAGCUGACAGGAGUGACAUAAGUUGUGGUGUUUCUUCAAUUUUAAGUGAAUUGUGUGGUGAUUCCGACAGUUUUAAUGCCGACAUUAAUGAUUCAGAUUCCAGUUUAAACCAGGUGAUGGAAGAUUCUACCAAUAUUAAUUCCAGUACAUAUGAGAUGUCCUGGUCCUGGAGGUGGAAGGAUCUGCUCAGAGUGGAGGCAGCUCCUGUCAGUAAACUUUACCAAAUUGUGGGUACAGCUCCAACAGGUAUCCUCAUGAAACCAACUUCAGAAAUUAAUAGAAAGAAACAGAAAACUGAUUCCAGACAUCCCUUAUUUGACCACGAGCAUCGGCGACCAGGUCCCAGAAUUGUGAAAGAACUUCCUGCAGACAACUACCGCAAUGCCUUCAUUUCCUGGUGCUCGCCUAGUGGAACUUUGACAAGAUCCUUGACCCAAAGCAAAUGAAACAAAUGUCAAAGGAGAACCAGUGGCAGGUUCAGACCUACCUUAUGUGAUAAGAAAAAAUGCUAAACAGAUUGAUAACUGGGGUUUCACAAUGCAAAGUCAACUUCACAAAAUAGUGCUUCAGCAGUGAUGAUGAAAUUUGCCAUUGUGGUGGCCUGCAGGAGCAUCAACAUCUAUUUGUCUGUUAACAGGAACCUGCUGGACACACUACUACAAGUGAUCUUGCUGCAGCUAAGAAAGCAGCCAAAAUUGUCAAAUAGUGAGCUCUCCACAGAAUUUGAAGAGAAUUAUCUUGCUGUUUUUUUAAAUCUUCCUGUCUAUAUUUUAUCAAUACUUGUGGUACAUAUUUUUCCCUGUAUUUUUACUGUUAUUAAUUUCUAUUUGUAUGUUACUGAAUUUCCUCUGUAACUGAUUUUUUAUAUGUAUUCAAUCUCAAUAUGUAUGUUAUUAACGCUCUGUCAGUAUUGU